AUGAAAAAGGAAUUUCGGCGGAUCUUUUCGGCGGCGGCUGAUGAAAUUUUCGAGCCGGAUGCACCUUUUCGGCUCUUCCGCCGCCCAAAUGGGAUUGAUUUCCCCGGAGUGCGACGGCCCAAACCCGACGACCCGCACCCUCUUCCUCUCGUUUCCUCCGUGCCCCCGCCGAAAAGCGACCAUUCCCGAGAAGGCGACCAUCUCGGUGAGCGCGACGAUUCCGUGAACCGCGACAAAUUUGGAACCUCUUCCGGGAAGAGCGAUCCGUUCGAGGCUGGUGAGAAGUUUGACGUCUGCGACAAGGCCACAUUCCGCGACAAACUUCAUCGCCGAGACAUCGAAUGUGAGCAACAAUCGACCAGCGACGAAUUUGUGUCAUCGCGCCGCCGCAAAAAAUCGACUCACUGCCUCUUGCGACACAAUCUCGAUCGCUACGAAUCGCUCAACGACAACUUUGUCGCUUUCCCACAGGAAUUGAACUGCUCCAAAUUGGACGUCACUCUGUCGCGCUGUUGUCCAGGUCUGCGACAAAAUUGUUGUCAUUUGUCGCCAUCGCCUUCUUCAUCAACCGCACAGUGCACUGACUCCAAGGACGCACCGUGCAAUCAAAACUCAGGGAAAGGACGCGACAAAAGUGCACCGUGCAAUUGGAUUUUGGGCGACGAACCUGCACAGUGCGGAACAGUUUUUGAGCAGAGGUCUGCACAGUGCGCAAAAUUUCCAGUCGACUUCUCCGAGCGACAAAAGUUCGGCGUCGAAAAAACCGCACCGUGCGCCCAAUUUUCGGGAGACGAGCCUGCACUGUGCGAUCCCUUCUCCCGUGAGGAAAACGCACAGUGCACUGCGGGAGUGCACUGCAACGUCCAGCGCCCUUCGGAGACGAGAUUUCGACGCGGGCGCGAGUCGCGAAGCUCGCAAUUGAUCCGAAUGCUGCUACCAUGGUCGAAUACUACCGAAAAAUUGGGUAAGUGACUAGUAAUUCCGCUUAGUACUAAUGAGUCCCGCACUGUGCACUUUCGUCUUUUUUCAGCGAGCGGAAGACAGACUCCGGCGACGCCGUCAGCGCUGGUGACUGAUGGAACGACCCCGAAUGGGCUCUAUCAAUUCGCCGACAUCACUCCGGGCCAAUUUGGCUUGACCAAACAGCUGGUUUUGCGCAUCACCCUACCCCACAUCUCCUUGUUAUUGAUUUCCAUUGGCUACGCCUUGGCGGGAUGCUGGAUUUUGACGGCGAUAAACUACAAUGCGGACUCGGUGGAGGCCAUGGAUCUAAUUACAGAGUAAUUUUCGACUCUAAUCUUAUAUCAUUUAGGACUUUUUACCAAAUAAUUUAAAAUUUUCAGCACAAAAAUGCGAUUUUUGUGGGAAAUCAAGUCAAAUAUGGAGAGUGCUAGCUACAAUGAGUUCGCAAAUUCGAUGGAAGAUCCGUUUACCAACUUUGCCAGUGGAUUAUACAAGGUUUAUUCCAAAUUUCCCAGGUCUACGGCGGUUUUGGAAACUGCCCGAGGGAAUACAAAUGACGUCAUUAAAGGUGGGCGCGCUUUUGAAACUGUCAUAUAGCAGUAAUGGUAAUAAAAUAGGGCUAGUUGUAACAGUUCAGAAGUGAUUUUUCGAUAAAAAUCCAAUUUUUUCGUUGCACGGUGCGAAAAAAAUUUAAUGCACUGUGCAAAAAAUAAAAUAAAAAAUUGCACAGUGCGAGGAAAAAUGACUAUUGCACUGUGCAGCAGGGUAAAAUCUUGGGUGAAAUGAAUUAGGCGAUAUAUUAAAAAUUUUUUUUGACCAUCUACAUAUUAUGUAUAAUUCGUAUUCAGUUUUAGUUUUUUUACAAAAAAAUGAUGACUUUUUGAGAUUUUCGGUGGUUGAGUUUGAUUCCCCCCUAAUAAAUGCAGUUUUUCGGUCUAAAAAUGACGUAAUCAGUAGUUUGGUUAAUAUGCCAUCUAUAUUAGGCAUUAUAAGAAAAUCGAAAAUUCAUGAAAACUUCCCUUUUUUGGCAAAUUUUCAUGUUUUUUUGGUUUCUAAAUGGCAGAAAAUCUUAGGUUUGCCCGAGGAGUUAAUGCAAAAUCAAAUUCACAGACCAUUCUUACACCACAUUCCAUUUCCAUCAAUUUUCAGGUUGAGCCUGAACUCUCCCCUUUUCUGAACUCUCCACCAAUCUGAGCUCUCCCCCCUUUUUCAACUCUCCCCCAUUUUGAAAAUUGAAAAAAUUAUGUGUGACAUGUUAUACGAUGCAUUUUUUUCAAAUCAAGAUGUCACACCCAACUUUUCUCAAUUUGAAAAAAAUUUCCAUCGUAUAACAUGUCACACCUAAUUUUUUCAAUUUGAAAAAAAUUUCCAUCGUAUAACAUGUCACACCUAAUUUUUUCAAUUUGAAAAAAGUUUCCAUCGUAUAACACGUCACACCUAAUUUUUUCAAUUUGAAAAAAAUUUCCAUCGUAUAACAUGUCACACCCAACUUUUCUCAAUUUGAAAAAAAUUUCCAUCGUAUAACAUGUCACACCUAAUUUUUUCAAUUUUCAAAAUGAGGGAGAGUGUUCAAAAAGGGAGAGAGUUCUGCCGCAACGCAACUUUCAGGCCCUCUAACCAACGUGACCUGGAAUCUUUUCUUCGUGACCACCACCCUCACUUCGAUCGGAUAUGGCGCGAAUGCCCCGGAUUCGCUGGUCGGCCGCUUGUUUUGUGUGAUCUACAUUCUGUUCGGAGUCCCUUUAUAUCUGAUUACAUUGGCGGAUCUGGCCAAAUUCUGCACCGAAGGCAUGAAUCGAUCCUACACCGAGUACCUCAAGUUCAAACAUUCCAUGAAAAUGAAAUACAAGCGAUGGAAAAUUAGGAAAAAUCAGAAGCCAAAGGAGACCAAGGACUCGGAUGAGUCCGAGAGCCUCGAUAUUGAACGAGUUAUCAUUGCCGGAGGCGAAAAUGAGGUAAUUUUUUAUUUUGUCAUUCUUGACAAAGGAGUUGGACGAUUGGGGAAACCGAAAAGUAUUAUUUUUCUUCGAUGCAAGUGUGAAGUUAGGAUAAUCGAGGGUGCUGAUUUUGAAAAUAACAUUCUUUUUUUUUUUUGAUCUUUACCUUUUCCUUAAGUAGUACUGUAAAGUAGUAUUUUUUUGAAUUUUUUUCACAAACACUCGAUUUGGGGGGUUUCGAUGGUGCUGAUUUCGAAAAUCUUAUUCAUUUUUUCUGAUUUGAAAGCAGCACCAUCGAAAACAAUCGAGUAUUCACGAAAAUUUUACAGUACUAUUUAUGGAAAAAAGUAAAGAUCAAAAAAAAAGAAUGUCAUUUUCGAAAUCAGCACCCUCGGUUAUCCUAAUUUCGACAUUUGCAUCGAAGAAAAAUAAUACUUUUCGGUUUCCCAAAUCGUCCCAGUUCCUCUUGACAAGUAUAAUAUAAAAAGGUUUUCUAGUGUUAAUUUUUUUCGGUUUUGAAGUAAAUAUUGCCAUUUUCAGGUCGCAGAGUUCCUCUGGACUCAUUUGGAGAACACACAAUUCGUAGAGAUCCCGUUUAUAUUGAUCUAUAUCAUCCUUUUAUCCUAUAUCGCGGCCGCCUCCUACCUCAUCGCGUAUCUCGAAAACUGGACAACCCAAAAAGGAUUCUACUUUGUGAUGAUGUCUGUGCUAACCAUCGGCUUCGGAGAUGUUGUCCCAUCCAAGGACAAGCACGUUCUUCCCAUCUUAUUUAUCCUUUUAUUGGGAUUAAUCAUCACAACCACUUGUAUCGACAUUGUUGGGGCCUAUUAUAUCGACCAGUUGCACUUUUUUGGUAGAAGAAUCGAAAUCGAGGAUCCUUUAUUGUGGCUGAAGGCCGUACAACAGAAGCGGAUCAACGCAAUGAAGAGAGAAGCCAUGAGAAAACUUUUUGAGACGGUCGCUGCGUUAAAUCGACUGCAUUUUGAUCGUACGUUAAGAUACAGUAAAAGACAAGUAUGAGGCUUAAAGAAGAAGAAUUAGGCUUUAUUUUGAGCCUAUACAUUCAUCCUUAGGCCUAUGACAAAAAGAGUUAUAAAACAUUCAAAUCACCUUAUACUUGAUGUCAUCCUAGGCAAGAGAACUCAUUCUAACAAAAAAGUGUCUGUCAAAAGACGAAAUCCUUUAUAGUAUACUCAUAAUAUAGCUAUGACUAACUGAUUUUUCGCCACAAUCAUUUAAAAUUCCAAUUUUUUUAAGCCCUACAGCUUUGAUUUUCAAAGCCAUCUAAAACAAUAUAAAACCCCUUCAAAUUUCAGCCGCCUCUCUUCAACAACGCAUUGCAACUGACGAUCCUGAAUCAGCGAUCAUUAAGUUGACAGAGAUCACCGGCGAACCUCCAAAUCACUUCAGGAAUUCGCUCUUUCCGGACCCUCCACCUCCCCCGUCCAACCUAAAAGUCUUCAACCCAACCGCCGAAUCCAUCUCGCUGAAAUGGGAUCCUCCGGUGAUGGUAGAAGAAUCCAAAAGGUAUUGGUACACCCUGUCGUACAAAACUCGGACCCCACAACGACGACCAAAUGCUACAGUAAUCGAUUUCGUGAAUCAGAAUCACUACGAAAUGACCGAUCUAAAGAGCUUCACUCUGUACGAAUUCUCGGUGGCCACAACGACAAGAUAUGGAAGUAGCAAGCCCAUCAAGUGUCAGGAAUACACUGGUGAGAUUUUGAGAUGAUAUUUCAAGAUUUAGAGAGAUAAAAUUUACAAGAUCUAGAUGUAUCAUGGAUAAUAUAAAUUUUGCUUUUUUAGAACCCUGUACUGUACCUCAAUCGCUCAAAUUAGAGGCCAUUGGAGCUGAGAAAGCAACAAUCUCAUGGAAAGCACCUAGGAAGAACAAGGCCCAAGAGGUGAGUGAUCGAAAUUAUAUUAUACUAGGUAAAAAUUUAGAAGCUAAGUCAGAGAUGGCGUAUUUUACCCCAAAAAUUGCAAUUACAGUAUCAUGCUGGCAUCAAUCACCAAAAAAAAAACAAAAUUUUCGAAUGA